AUAUCAAUGAUAUCCCUUUAAGAGCAACUGGGACAUAGCGGUGCAAGAAAAGGAGAGGAGGGGGAGAAGAAAGAGGAUUUAAAAAGAAAAGGAAGAAAGAUACAUGGAGGGAGGAGGGAGAGCGAGCAAUAAAAAAAGAAAGAUGACAUCCUCGCAAUUGAACAGCCGAGGUGGAGCGAUAGGCUGCGUCCUGGCGCGAGCGCUCUUAGUUUAGGGUCAGGGCUUGAAUCCAACAACGAGGCUUCGACAAAACAAGCGAUUGGCCUGUUGGGAGAAAUCGGAAGAAUAGAUUCAUAAAUUAAAAUAAUGAACUGCUACUCUUUCGAAUGCGUUUAUUGUAACACUGAUAAUAGUUGUCAUUGUGCGUAAUGCAUUACUUUUAAUUUUAAGAUCGACCUAUUAUAUGACUACGGCUAUAUAAAUAACAUUGAUUUUGUGCGCACAGAUAUUUGGUUUCACAGUCAUCAAUGCCAAGAGAUAUGCAUUCCUUAUGCUUUGAUAAAAUUUAAGUUUGAAACCAAAGUCAAAGAUAAAUAGGCCACUAUUGGAGCUGGCAAUUCCACUCAGGCAGUCAGCCUAGACGAAACGCCUGCGUGAAUUUGAAUAGCUUGAAUGCGCCUGAUAGAUAAAUAUUUUUUACAAUGUACAUUUUUGAUAGUUGCAUGUCCCUUUCGGAUGAUCAAUAGCAUACUUUUCUUGUUGCAUUUGAAUACUGUCAACAUAGAUCUUCUCGCCACAAUCAUCAACAGUGCGAUUAAAUAUUAUGUCAACGGUUUACUGUCGAAUCGCCAUCAGGAUUACUUAGCUGAUUUUAUACUCUUCAUCGCUUUGGUGCAAAAUGGAUGCUGCUUGGAGCAAUUUUCUCUUCCAGACUACUCCCACCCAAGUGGAGGGGACCCUCCAAUCAGAACUCUUACCAGUCCAUAUGGCCUCUCCUCAGACCCCUCCCACAGAGCACAUAGUCCAUCCUCCUUCCACGGUGGACACUGCUGCCCUCAAUGAAGAACCCUUACCUGUGAAGACGGUGUCCCGGCCUGCCCGUGUGCCCCACAUCUGUGCCAUAUGCAGCAAGCAGUUCAAGAACAACUACAACCUGCGGCGGCACCAGUCGGUCCACACCGGGCGGCCAUCGAACCCAAACCCUGUGCGGAAGAAUCACGCUUGUGAAACGUGCGGGAAGGCCUUCCGAGACGUGUACCACCUUAACCGACACCGUCUCUCCCACUCGGAUGAGAAACCCUUCUCCUGCCCCAUCUGCCAGCAGAGGUUCAAGAGGAAGGACCGCAUGAGCCACCACGUGCGCUCUCACCAAGGUGGUGUGGAGAAACCCUACGUGUGCCCCCACUGUGCCAAGGCUUUCUCCAGGCCCGACCAUCUCAACAGUCACGUCAGACAAGUCCACUCUUCUGAACGACCCUUCAAGUGUCCGGUACUUGAUACGUGCGAAUCCAGCUUCGCCACGAGGGACCGGCUACGUGCCCACAUGAUCCGCCACGAGGAGAAGGUCCCGUGCCACAUAUGCGGCAAGCUCCUGUCUGCUGCCUACAUCACCGAUCACAUGAGGGUCCACAACCAAUCGCAGCACCACGCCUGUCAUCUCUGUAACCGCAGCUUCACCACUCUGACCUACCUGCGCGUCCACGCCCAGAAGCACCACGGCCAGGAGUGGAAGGAGAGCGCUGGCAUCUUCGGCGGCACGGGCUCCGGCGGUGUCCUUGUGUGCCAGCUGUGCGGGGUGCACUGCAAGACCCCCACCCAGCUGCAGGGCCACAUGGGCACCCACAGCACAGGGGGCCAAGGGGGAUCUCCCAGCCCUGUCACCUCUAGUGGGGCAUCCAGCUCCUCCAUGUCCCUUGGCAACAUGGUGUCCGCCCCAAACUUCUACAUCAGCGGCAACACGGUGGUGGACCUGCUAGUGUCGGAUUGCUCCAGCAUCCAGCCUCAGUCCCACAGUUAGCAGAGUGGAGCCUCAUUUGAACCACAGCUCCUUGAGUCCCUAAGUCCUAUAGUGAGAGUUUAGGAGGACAAAGGGGGCUUGCUUAGGGGAGAGCCACAGUAAAGAAUGUGGCUACUCAAAGUCCCAUAGCUAGUGGAAAAGGGGGAAAGGGAGAGAGCGGGCUGGCUUAGGGGAGACAGAGGCAGAGAGAAAGUAUGAGAGAACAGUUAGGAGAAUGUGGCGAGAGGGGGGGACAUAUGUCCCGUACGCUGCUGAUUCGAUGACCCGAGACAACGACAAAUACUAAAGUGAUUUUCCCCAACGUGGCUGAACUUUCUUGCACUUUCAGGACUCCUAUGACUCCUAUAUGUGGUCUUGUGUGCGUCUACUCUAUCCCUCUCCCUCCCUCCUUCCACCCUUGGUCUCCCUCAGUCCCAGCAACUACUCCCCUCUGCUAGUAAUGUGUAUGUCAGAAACACUUUCCUUUUGUCUCCUUUUUGUUGCUCUCUUUUCCGAGCCUUCAAAAGAAAGGCUUGUAGUAAGAAGUUGGGGGAUGAUAUAAAAGAGUAACAGGGAAAUUAUCUUACAAAAGGUUGCGUAUAUUAGUAUGAUAUUCGGAAAGAGAAUGAAAAUUUGAGGGGGAGAAUAGCACAUAAGUCAGGGGCUGCUACCUUCCAGAAAUGGACAGGAGUAGACACUGUAUAAAUUGUGUUAUCACAGAGUAUGUCUGUUUUAAAUAGGGCCAACGAUGUAUCUGGAGGUUAGCCCAUACUGUAAUGGUGAUUAUGAACAGUGUACUUCAUCUAUUUGUUUCAGGUACAAAAAAACAUUGGUAAAGUUGAGUUAAGGAGUAUCAAGCACCUUACAAAUGUUGAUGUUUAAUUUCACCGAAGGUUCAGACAGGUAUUUGCUCUGCGUCUUCCUCUCUGGGCACGGCCACAUUUUAAUACACCAUGAGGUGCUCAUGACUGCUACUGUACAGCCAGGCUCAUGACACAGUUCACUUGCACCUAAAACACAAUUUGCAUGAAAGUGAAACUAAGACAACUUUUUGCUUUUAGGAAAAGUAAAGUUUAUCAUGCUUACAAGAACGUUAGCCGCAGUCCCCCUUACACUACAGAUCUAGUGGCCAUUGAUUCAGUCAAAUUAAUUGUACCCAUGUCUGCCAUUUUCUUUGUUCGUAACUGUCAUUGCCAUAGUCUCCUUUGUUUUGUUCCUUGUACGAGUUCACAUGAUUUCAAACUCAUUCAUUCGAAUUCUAGACACCACCAUGUACAGUGGGGCAAAAAGGUAUUUAGUCAGCCACCAAUUGUGCAAGUCCUCCCACUUAAAAAGAUGAGAGAGGCCUGUAAUUUUCAUCAUAGGUACACUUUAACUAUGACAGACAAAAUGAGACUUGCACAAUUGGUGGCUGACUAAAUACUUUUUUGCCCCACUGUAUAUGCACACAGCGUUCUGAUCACAACUCAUAUUAUGACUUAAUGCUCCCCAUGAAUCUGAGAAAAAUCACUUUUCCUCAGAUCAUUUUGGUUGUUAGACUUUUUCAGUGGUUAAGGUGUGAUGUCAUGGAAGGGCUUUAAAGGUCAAAGGUCAGGUUGAGAUAAGUAUAUCCAGGUACUACUUGUGUUCUGUGCCCCACCCCUGGUAUGCUUUCAACAAGUCUUGGUUUUGUACUGAAGUGCUUCAUUUCAUCUGUUUAGUGUUGGUAUGUUAGCUUGAAAAAAAAUUCAGACUUGUUCUUCCUGUUGAGAAAAGUAGUGAUUUAAUCAGUUAUUUUAGGGUUCCCGCAUUAAGCAAAACAAAUUAUAUUUUUUAACUAUAUUCUAUGAACCUGUACAGCUCUUGCGAUACAUCUUAAUGCCUUAUUGUACUCAACUGCGUUUUAAUUAUUUUAUUCAGAACUAUUUAAAAUCUUAGUUAUGGAUUUAUUAAGGACAUUAAUGGGAUGUAUUUAUAUUUUUAUAUUUCAACAGUAUGCAUGUUUAUGAACAGUUGUUGGAGCCAAACCAUUUGACGCUUACCACGAUCAUGAAUAUUAAGUUAUUAUUUUGUAGAUGAAGUAGAGAUCAUGUUAUUUUGUAAUGUUUACUAUUAAAAGUAAAACGACUAAACAGA